AUGUCUGGUAUCAACGUCAACCUUCCAGCAAGAGCUUUUGCUUUUGAGCAAAGCGUGGUGUACAAGGAGUGCAAGCACAACCAUGCAGCGUCACUGGGCCGAGUUUCCUAUGAUGGAUGCCAUGAGUUCCUCCAAGGGUGCGAUGAGAACAAUCCCAUGCUUUGUGCUGCUUGCGGGUGUCACCGCAGCUUUCACCGCAAACUCACCGUUUACAAUCCCAUAGCCCAAACUCAAAUGGAUAACGUUGUGAAUGCAACGAGUCCAUCACUUGCAGGUCGCGUUGAUACCCCCGAAGUGCAGAAGAUGAAGCCAAAGAGGAAGAAGAGAACGAUGUUCACGCCGGAGCAAAGGAACCGGAUGAUGAGGUUUGCAGAGAGGUUGGAGUGGAGACCUCAAAGGAAUAACAAUGACGAAAUUCAACGUUUCUGCUUAGAGAUGGGAAUCAGCCGCAGAAUGUUUCUGGUGUGGCUCAGCAACAAUCGUCGCCGAGCUACGCAAAAUUCUACAACAUCAGUGAAUUGA